UAGUGGCGUUGCAAGCAACUUUCAUCAUGGCGUCUCUCACGGAAGAACGGCGAAAAGAGAUGGAAGAGGAGAUGAACAGGUUUGAGCAAGAAAUUGCUUUUCCUGCUGAUUCAUCUCCUCCUCCAUCUCAUCCAACACCUACAACUUCACAUUCAAAACCUAGUAAUGUUGAGAGAACACCAACCAAAAUAACUGCACCAUUUGUCCCUGCUACCCGUCCUCCACCACCACCACCUCCACCCAUGUCAUCACAUAUGCAGUUUAUUCCUCACCAACUUCAACAAAGACCAACUCUUCAGCUACAUCCUCCUCCCCAUAUGCGUCCACCCAUGAGACCAGGCUUUGGAGUUCCACCAGGAAAUUUCCACCCAGGUCCACCAGGAAUGAUGGGUUCUAUGCCACCAGGAAUGCCAAUGCAUCAUGGCCCUAUGGGUCCAAUUGGUCCUGUAUCUAUGUCAAUGAUGGGUUCAAUGGGCAUGAUGGGUCCUGUUUAUUGUGCUCCAGGAAUGGGCCCUAUUACACAGACAUAUCCUGGGUCCAUGUGUUCUCAGAUGUACCAGGAAUUAGAUACAGUCACAACCUCAGUUACAAGCAUUACUAAUACAUCUGUGAUUGCAGCCACUCCUACAGUAUAUGCAGCACCACCCAUGAAAUCUGUUGCUGAAGAGGAGAGAUUAGGUGAAGAAGAUGGAGGAACAGACACAGGUUCUGUAGACCAUACUUUUCAUUCUACUCUUGGAAUACCUAACUUAGGUGGUCAGGUUAUAACGACCAUGUCAAAUGAAACCACUGCAGUAUCAAAAAUGGGACCUGCAAGUAUUAACAGCCAGAUCCCUUCACAACAACAAUCUGAAGAAUCGGCACCACCAAAGAAAAAAGAAAAGAAAAAGCGAAUAAUUAGAAAUGCAGGAAAUCAAAUAUGGGAAGAUAAUUCCUUGUUAGAAUGGGAUUCGGAUGACUUUCGAAUAUUUUGUGGAGAUCUGGGAAAUGAUGUUACUGAUGAGGUGUUGACUCGAGCUUUUGGUAAAUAUUCUUCUUUCAUCAAGGCUAAGGUUGUUAGAGACAAACGUACGAAUAAGACCAAAGGAUUUGGUUUUGUUAGUUUCAAAGAUCCUCAAGAUUUCAUCAAAGCUAUGAGAGAAAUGAAUGGAAGGUACGUUGGUAGCAGACCUAUUAAGUUGAGAAAAAGCACGUGGAGGGACCGAAACAUUGAAGUUGUACGGAAGAAGCAGAAAGAAAAAGAAAAGUUGGGACUUUUGUAACGAAAAAUUAAAGAUGGCUGUCUACUAGACGAAAUCUACACUGAACGGUCAUCUUGAGGUGUGGUUAUUCCCGUGUUUUAGACUCAGGUGCUGAAUUCAUCAUGGAUAUGAAUCAUUCCCAUUACUCUGUGUGUGUAAAUAUAUAUAUAUUUUGUUUCCGCGUAAAUAAAUUUGUCGUUUCCAGUGAAA